GCCUUCACUCCACUUGCACUGCUGUUGGACUCGCCGUCGUUGCUUUCAUCUGUCUGUCUGUCUAUUCUUUUGGUGCAUUCAUCUGUUCAACACCCAGUCUGCUCCUCAUCUCUGCCCUCUAACUUUUGCAGAACACAUUUUGAACUCAUCGCUUUCUCACUGUCAGCAGUUGGAACUGUUGCCUCAUACAACAUGCCUUUGCUGUUUUUUUUUUGUUUUUUUUUAAAUCUCUUAAUUAAAACACACACCCACACAAAAAAAAAGAUUUGUGAAAGGCAACACAUACAUUUUAUGGCACGUAUCUCUGAGUCUUUUUCCUAACUGCUAAAUUUUGUGCUGGAAAAAUACAUCUAACAGCAAUUGUGCAGAGGAUGAGGACGAGCCUUUCUCAGCAGUUAGUUUAGGGUGGAUAUUAUUUUCUUCUUCCCUUCCUCAUAGGUCAGCUAAUUCCCCACAUCAAUAAAUGCUUGUGUGUAGAGUCUGUUCACACUGCAAUACUGCAGUUAAGGACAGAAGCAGACCCUGUGUCAGUGACAGGAGUGGCUUUCACUGCAGCAAAUCCUGCAGAAUAAAUUCAGAGCAUGUUUUGUCCAAUACGCAUGAAGAAAUGACCUUUAGUGGCCCAGAGGCCUCUAAUUCUUAUGUUUGCUGGGCAGUCAUAAACAGUGAUUUGCUGGACUUUUUAAUUUAGCCCUCACUGUCCUGAUUUCAGAGUUGAUUCAGGCAGGCUGUCUCCAGUCGCCUUCCUACCAUGUUAGUCCCAGCACAAAUUUCUCUCUUAUCUCAUCCCACAGCGGAAAGGAUCUGACAGUUCCACAGUAUGAAAUGGAGGAGGGAGGAAAAAACCCACUAAACCAUAACAGAAACAGGAAGUGAAGAACUUUAGUCUCUCUUGAGCAUUGGAGGCAAACAUCAGCUAGAUGAUUUGGAUGAUGUAUAGUCACCAAGAUGCAAAGUACCAUUGUAGUGUUAAGAAAAAGUAUGUCACUUGUAAAGUAGCGCAAAGGAAGGCAACAGUUUGCUUUGAAAUACCAACUUAAGUAAAAACCCACAACAACAAGGAUGAAGCCAAAUGUAUCCCAAUUGCAGUCUCGUGGGCGGAGAUGCAGUGUGCACGCUGCGUGUGUGACUACCACUCCCCUUCACAUGCACUAACCCAUACAAGCCCAGCUCACCUCCACCACCCUAGAAACUCACCCUCAUCAUGGCUCAGCCUGCUCUGUUCUGCUCCCAACCUCCUCGUUUUUUUUAUUUAUUUUUUAUCAAAGAGAACUAAUUGAGCCCUGUUGAGCCAUCACUUUCCUCUCUGUGCCUGAUCCACCUGAGACUAACACAGUUGGAGUUUCGUUAAUCCGCCCACACCCCUCAGCCCGCCCCAUUCCUCUGUAUGUGUACCAUUCACAGUGCGCUACUAACACCGACGAUCCUUUUUGUUAAAACUCUUUAACAAAAAGCUGCAUGCAGUUUUUUUUUUUUUCUGUUUAAACCCCUUCACUUUCUGUUUGUGAAAGUUGAUGUCAAUCUCUUUGUGAUUAUAAAUAUCCUUUUUGUUUGGUUUGUAUGUUUUUUGGUAGAAUGCAGCACUCUGGUGAAUGUUAGACAAGCUUGGAAUAGUUAUAAUCACAACAGAAAAACACUGCUUAUUAAGAAAUCUCAUUGUUACCUGUUUAUUUGUGCUUGAGGAUGUACUGUAGUGUGUAGUGGUGGGACAGUCUUGCAUUUCACUUAAUGUUUUUGUGUUCUUGCUGACCCAUACUAGUGAUAUAACGGUCUCCGACAUGCACAGUUGGCCCCACGGUGUGCUGAGAGUUCCUGUUGUGUAUGUUCUUGCACUCCUCUAGCCUCUUUGGUUCAUUGUCAGUUGCGUGAGCUUGUGACACGUUUGUCAUAGAAAUCAUUAGUAUUAAACGAAUAGCCUUGUACACACUUUCAGGGGUCCAAAAAUAGUCUCAAGGUAUGUUUUCUAGUUUAUGAAUACUAAUGAUAUCUAUGAGAAAAUCAAAUAUAGGUCUGAAAAUGGUUGAGGCCUCACAAUUGAUAACAGACCAGAGGUGCUGGGGGGUGUCCAAAAAUAUGCACAACAGCCAUUUUUAGUAUUCUGAUGGGGCUACAUGCACACGUGUCCCUUUUUUCACCUGCACACCCACAUAUCCCCUCACACGUGCAUAAUCUAUCCACCCUGGGCCUUGUAAUGGUAAUCCAAGGCCCACUAGCUCCACUUCUGUCUCUUCCUGUUGCUAUAUUUUUUGUGACAGCUGCAUAUGUUUCAUGGUGCUCUCCUUGUCAUGGUUACAGAAUCACAGCAAGCUUGGAGUUUCUGGUCUUUGUUUUGUUAAUGCUAGAUUUCCAUACCUGUUCUGUGUCACUUUUCUUUGUGUACUGAGAUCUUGCUCUAUAGUGGUUCAUAUAUGUAUGCGUGUGAUACAUAUAUCGCCCUCUCCUGCCUCCUCCCUCCUCCUCCUCCUCCUCCUAACUUCUCAGUUAGUGGAUGUGAUUUCAUGUGUUACCCAUAUUAGUGAAAAAAUAGAAAUGCUCUUGCCCAUUUUCUCUGCCUGAUAAAGGUUUUUAAAAUGCACUCCUACUUUAGGAGGAUAUCUUGUAGUUUACAGACUACAUAUAGCCUCAUUUAUUGUUCAUAGUGGAAAUCCAACCCUUCCUCUCAGUUUCCCACCUUUUAUUCCCUCACCCCCAAACGCCCUUACCACUCUUUGUGCUGGAAGACACUGAUUAUUACACGCUGUAGGUGAUGACGAUAAUGACGAUGGUGUUGGUGGUGGUGGUUGUGCUGAUGAUGAUAGCGUGAUCUGAGUGUUUGUUUUUUUUGUUUGUUUGUUUGUUUUUUUUUGUUUAAUAUUUUUUUCCCUUUUUUUCACCCGUGCCUACGGGGUAAAGCUCCUCUUAUUAUUGGAAUAUUUUUGGUUUUUUUCUCCUCUUUUCUCUCUGCUAGGAUAACAUCGGACACCGGCUGCUUCAGAAACAUGGCUGGAAGUUGGGCCAAGGCCUUGGCAAAACCAUGCAGGCGAUUUGAUCCUGCCCAUGUUGUGCUGAUGGUAAACUUAGUGGACGUACUGACCCUGUGCCCAUUAUCCUUAAAUAUGAUGUCAUGGGGAUGGGACGGAUGGAGAUGGAGCUGGAUUAUGCAGAGGAUGCCACAGAAAAGAGGAGAGUCCUCGAAGUGGAGAAGGAAGAUACAGAAGAACUGCGGCAAAAAUACAAGGACCAGAUGGAAAAGGAAAAGGCCAUCGCAAAGGCUCUGGAAGACCUGAGAGCCAAUUUCUACUGUGAGCUUUGUGACAAACAGUACACCAAACACCAGGAAUUUGACAACCACAUUAACUCUUAUGACCAUGCUCACAAGCAGAGGCUUAAAGAGCUGAAGCAGAGAGAGUUCGCCCGUAAUGUGUCGUCACGUUCCCGAAAAGAUGGAAAGAAGCAAGAAAAGAUGCUGCGGCGAUUGCAUGAGCUUGCUGAGCAGAGAAAACAGCAAGACCGGACUCCCGGAAGUGGACCUAUGUUCAAAACAACCACAGUGGCUGUAGAUGGAGAGAAAGGAGAAGAUGGUAACAGUUUGACACCUGAGAACAGCAUGGCACAGUCUUUGGCAGACAAUGCCCUUGAAGGAUCACUGGCAGAUAAAACUGGUCAAGCCUCCCCAAAGCCUGGCCCAACCUUUAGUUUCUCUUUAGGUAAAAAUACUUCCUCACCCCCAACUUCCAGCAGUGCAUCAAAAGUCAGUGUAUCCUUCUCUUUUGCCAAGAAAGCCCCGGUAAAACUGGAAACAGCGGCUGCUGUUUUUGCUGAUCAUGGUGAGGAGGCUAUAGAAAUAGAGGAGAGCCAAGACGGAGAAAAGGCUGGAGGACAAGAGGAGACAGUGGGCUGUGGCACAGACAGCCCUAAAGGACUAUCUGGAGGAGGUGAAGGAGGAGAAGGAGGUGGUGCAGCAGGUACAGCAGGUACAGCAGGUACAGAAGAGGUGCAGCAGCCUGAUGAUGGAGGAUCCUUAGCCUCAACUCUGAACAAAUUGAAGAUGAUGAUGAAAAAGGAAGAAGGAUAUGCUGGACAAGAGCCUCAAUACUACCACUAUGUACCUCCAGCUCACUGUCGAGUAAAGCCACACUUCCAGUUCUUGCUGUUCAUGAAGGCCACUGAACAGUGCCAGAGCAAAGAUGACGAAGAUGAGGAAGAGAUGCAGGAGGAGAACAAGGCUGAAGAAAGCUCGGAACCGACAGAGAUCAGUGUUGCAGUGUGCAAGACUGAAAAAGAGCAAGGUAAUGUUCCUGCAGCUGCUGACCCAGAGACAACUCCACCAUCAGCUAAAGUAAAGGCAGAAGAGGAGAACUCCUCAUGUGCAGUAGAUGGAGCUCCUGCUGUACCAGUUUCGCCCACUCAAAAAGCAGAAACACAAGAUACCGUGGAUACAAACACAGGUCCGAAAAUGCCCACUGGCCCCUUCUUUCCAGUCCUGAGCAAAGAUGAGAGUACCACCCUGCAGUGGCCCUCGGAGCUCUUAGAAUUUACAAAAGCUCAGCCUUCCCUGUCUUAUAGCUGCAAUCCCCUCUACUUUGACUUCAAACUGUCCCGUAAUAAAGGAGUGCGUGGUGGAAAAGUGACAAAGUCCCCCAAGCCUGGUGAAGACAUUGAGGACAAGGGACAAGAGGUAACUGCUUCACCAUCUGAAGUAGAAAAAGCUACUAAACCUGGAACCAGCUCUGAUAAAGACAAGCCUGUGACAAAAGGAGAGCCUGGCCAGCCAGAAAGUGAUGAACAAAAGCCCACAACUGGCAAUAAUAGUGCAAAGAAAAAAAAGAAAAAGAAGAAGCAUAAGAAGUCUGCAAAGCACUCAAAGCGCAAAGGAAAAGAUAAAGGAGCAGCAGCAGAAGAUGCAGAAGCAGAGACAGAGGUAACACACGAAAAGCCCAAAAAGAAGAAAAAACACAAACGGAAGAAGAGCAAAAACAAGGCGCCAGAUCAAGCUGAGGCAACAGGUGAAGAAAAGGAAAAACCUAAGCCAAAGUCAGAAGAUAAAGCUGCUGCCUCCUCUGUUCAGCUGACUGGAGGAGUAGGAGCUACAGGAAACACAGGAGCAGAACUGGGGAAGAGGAAACGUGCUGCUAAGGAAGUGCCUUGCAAAUCUGGAGCAGAAGAAGGAGGGAAUGGAAAAAGUACUGACAAGGCCAACUCCUCCGAGGAGCACAGUGGCGCCAAAAGACAAAAGACUGACACCAGUGCAUCUCAAAGUGCCUCCUGCUCCACCUCAGCCCAAAAAAGUCCUGGUUCUGGUAGACCUCCCAGUAGUGAGAGUGAAGAGGAAGGGGGCUCUAAUACCCAGCGCUCACGUCAUCACAGGUCAAGCCCGAGAGAACAGCGCCGCCACCACAGCGAAGAAUCAGGGCGGUCCUGCAGCCGCUCAUCAAGACGGGGGGAACGACGGGGCAGCAGUCGCCGGCAUCAUCGUGGCCAGACCUCGCAUAGUCGCUCUUACUCCAGCAGCUCUGAGCGCUCCUCAGCAGGCAGCAGUGCCUACAGCCACCGUAGUCGAAGCUACUCGGACAGCUACAGCGACUACAGCACAGAAGGUCGCAGACGAAGGCACUCCAAACGUUCAUCAGACUCAGAGUAUGAGCGUAGGAGUAGCCGAGGACGUAGACGAUCCAGGAGGCAUCAGUACUCAUCUUCCUCUUCAGAAGACUCCCGCUCUCGUUCGCGCAGCUACAGCCGCAGAAAGAGGCACAGACGGCACCAUCGGAGCAGCUCCAGAAGCUCCACCAGCUGGAGCCGCAGCACAAGUGCAAGAUCCUGGAGGCGGAGCUACAGUCGUAGCUACAGCUCCGCUAGCCGCUCCUCUAGUUCAAACAAGGGCUCUCCUCACAGGCGAAGUGCCAGGGGUCGAGAGGACAGUGACACGCAUCGCAGAGACUUCAACCGUUCACGCAUCUAUCGCUCCCAGUCUCCACGCUCUUCUUCAUCUCGAGGCCUUAACCGCAACACCCAUUCAUCCAGCUCGCUGGGUCUGAGGCCAGGGGGGUCUCGAGAUGCAGGAGAACAGAAAAACACCCUAACUGCUCGGCAGCUGUUGGAGAAGGUUCAGUCCAAGAAAAACUCUGAAGAUUCUACCACAGGAACAAAAUCUGGCAUUAAGAUUAAGGACCCACCGCAGGGCUAUUUUGGUCCAAAACUACCCCCAUCCCUUGGAAACAAAGCCAUGCUUCCACUUAUUGGUAAGCUGCAGGCAGGGAAAAAGCCAACAAUUCCUCUAACCAGACCUGAAGAGGGAGAGAAAUCAGGGACAGGGAAGAGUUCUGAAGCUGAAGGAGAGGUUAUCCUAGUAGAGCCUAUAAGGGAGUUCCCACCUCCACCACCGCCUCCAGCUCCACCAGUUCAGAAGGUUGAGGAAGCCCCACAGAGCACAGUGGCACAAGAAGAGACACAGCACCCUGCUACAGAAGACCAGGUGCACCAAGAAACCAGGCCAAUGUUCGAACAAGAGACUUCCAUGAUGUUACCCCAGUACCAAGGAGAGUCAGGACAGGACCCUUCUCAGAACCCCAUGAUGGAGUCCAUGAUGCCUGAAAUGCAGCAGCAGCAGGCCGCAAUGCAUGCCUAUCCUGGUUACCCACCACCCAGCUUGGAGGAGGAUGGCAUGGAAGCAGAGGAGGAUGGACUGGCUCCUUUGGAGAGUCAGCCCAUUACAUUCACACCAGAGGAGAUGGAGAAAUACAGCAAGCUGCAGCAGGCUGCACAACAGCACAUUCAGCAGCAACUUUUGGCCAAGCAGGUCAAGACUUUUCCCUCAGCUGCUGCAGCAGCAGCUGCUGCAGCGGCAGCGGCCAAUUUGGCCCCUGCUCCUCCCCCUCCGGCCUUGCAGCAGAUCCACAUUCAGCAGCCAACUGUGUCCGUAGCUUCUGGCACAUCCAUCACCACAGUGCAACACGCCAUCCUUCAGCACCAUGCAGCCACCGCGGCAGCAAUGGGCAUCCACCCAGCUCACCCCCACCAUCCACAUCCAGCACAUGCCCAAUUAGCCCAGGUGCAUCAUAUUCCCCAGCACCACCUUACCCCCAUCUCCCUGUCUCCUCUAGGCCCCUCACUUGGUCAUUCUCUGGGACACUCACUGGGACAUGCAGGUUUGAUCCCUGCCCAUCCAACAGCCUUCCUCUCUGGUCAGCCAAUACAUAUUAUUCCUGCUUCUGCACUUCACCACACCCCCUUAGCUCUCCACCAUGUUCCACACACAGCCCUCUAUCCCACGCUUUUCACACCCCGACCCUCACAGGCUGCAGCAGCAGCAGCCCUUCAGCUCCACCCACUUCUACACCCAAUCUUCUCAGGACAGGACCUCCAGCACCCUCCUAACCAUGGCUCUUGAGAACUAAUGAAAAUGAAAAUGUUCACAACCAACCACUAAAUGACGUAACCUGAACUGUCUUUGUUUAGGGUUUUUAAAUAGUCUAUGUGACAUCACGCAGGCCGUAAUAUGGGAAUCUUAUGAGACCCAUUUACUGGCCUCCACAGUGCAGCAAGUUGCCACAAAGUGGUUAAGACCAUUGGAUUUAGAAUCGACACUUAAUAUUUUCUCCUGGUACAUGUGAGAUUUUUUUUUCUCAUGUUUUCCUUUAUUUCUUUUUAAGACUGUAGACUUCCUCUAGACAUUGGCUUAUAUUCCAAGUUGGGGAAUAGUAACAGCCUCAGAAACUACUGGAGCUUUUUUUUUUCUUUCCCCCUCUCAUUUUGGCAGCCAAAGAGAUACAUGAUGGCUAAAAGUAAAAGCAAAAUCAUUUUUAUAAUUUGAGAAAAAGUGGUUUUGUUCUGGAGAUGAACUUUUUCAACUGUGUAAUCUAAUUUUCUGAGAUGAAGAUUCAUAAUUACUGAUCUCUCAUUGUGUUUUCAAAUGACUACUCACUCUCUAUUGGGUUAUUGGUUUAAAAAUAAUUUGUAAUGCAGUAACUUGUACAUAGAUUAGUGUGUAAUGUGAAGAAACUCACCAGUGACAGCCAUAUAAAAUAACAGAUAUGGUGUCCAAAGUAGUAUGACAUUAUGAUACAAGAGGCCCUCUCUGAACUAGGGGAAAUGUGAUGAAGGGGUUUAACUCUCCUGAAUACUCUGAAGCAAAGCUCGUGUUCCCUGAGGUGAGGGUACAUCUGAAUCAAUUGCACUGAAAUCUGUACAUCGAGAUGGUGCCUGUGCAUCAUAUAAAGAAAAGAUUGUAGUAUACUGCAAUAAUUGUAUUUUUUUUGUUCUUUUUUUUAAAUUAUUUUCCAAACUGCUCUUCAAAGGGAGAGCUGUGUUUGGCUUUUUUGUGUAAUUUUGUAAAUAAAACUGCUGUAGAUUAACCUAUUAAUGUUCUAGUGGGUUGACACUGCUGUUUGUGGGGGUGGGGGGGAGAGAAACGACAGGUUGGAUGGGAGCUGGACACACGUAUUUUAUCACAGUUGUUUCUAAUUCAUCCCUGCCGGGGUGGCCAAACAGUGGUGAUCUGUUUUAAAAAAAGAAAAAGGAGAAAAAAAAAAAAGUAGCAACUCUGUAUUUUUUAAAGACUUAACUCUGUUUCAGCAAAUAAAAUCUUGAGUUUGUGUGUCUUUUUCCA